CCUUUGCGAACAUAUCUGCUUUGAUGUUAACUUUAAUUACUUACGUUUAUUUACGUCGCAUUCCGUUGUGACUUCUAAAAAUAUCUUGGAAUAAUGUACUUAAAAACACGUAGAUUUAUUGGAGUUCCUAAAUGCACGACAUAUAAUGAAAACCUGACGGAAAAGUGAUAUAUCUUAAUCAUGGGCUGUUUUUCAUUCAGAGGGUUAUCUACACAAAAAUAGCAGUAUUAAAUAACUUGUGUCGUACAUUAAUAAUCGUAUAGAAUUUCAUUGAUUGCAGUCAGUAUUGAAUCUACCUAACAACGCAAAGGGCGUAUUGUUAAUUUUGUGGCAAUAAUGAAGUUUCUUUUUGUUUUGAUUUGUGUGAUACUCGGGAGUUGGGCUAAAGCAACACAUAAACAAGAGCACCAUAACUCAACAGUAUGUGAAGGCGUGCACGUACACGGGAAACUGCACAAAAGACAUGUCAUCAUGAACGGAAUCAAUCGUCCCUACCAGCUGGCCAUUUACAAUCACGAACACAAGAUAUAUUUCAGCUACAAUGUCGGAGAAGACACCCAGGACACCUUCGGAAUUGCCUAUGUGAAGAUAAACGAUACAAUGCCGACCGAAAUAAACGGAAUAAAAAACGGAUUCGCCGUCGCCGUGGACGAGCACAAUAAAAUUGUGUUUUUCGGGGGAAGCGACGGCAUCUACUCCCACAAUCUAACACAUCCGGGAGGCUUGAAGCACCUCGUUAAGGACCGUGACAUUUGGGACAUGCAGUUCUUAAACCACCACUUAUUCUUUAUACAGUACCCCUCCCAGCGGCUGCACAAAUACGACUUCAAAGAACAUAAUGUAUCACUUCAAGAACAUAUUAAGGAAAAAAUAUACCAGUUCGUCAUCGAUGGAGAUGGUGACACUUUUAUAACGACUAGAGAUGGCUUGUUCGAGAUAAAGAAAGGGGCAAAUCAUCGCGUCCCCUAUGAAGGCCCUAAAGUGUUUAGGGCCAUAGAAGUAAAUCACAAAGGCGUUGCACACUUCUGCGCUAAAAGUGCCAUCUACGUAGCGCACAAAGAAAACCACACACUGAUAGAAAUAGCUAGCAUUAAAAAUAUUUUCGGGAUAACUUUUGAUAGUGAGGACCAUAUUAUUUAUUCGAAUCCCCACGAAAUUGUGAAACUUGUACCUCAUGACUGUAAGUAGACAUUGUAAAAGGUACCUACGUAUCCUCCCACCUCAUAAAUACUAUGUUGGUAGUUGGUUCGAAAUUAUUUUUAAAUAUUUAGUAAGAAAAUUGUGUAUAACUUUGCUAGGUGUUCAACUUUUCAACACCUACUUCAGCUAUUAACAUGAUUUUAGUGCAUAUGCGCACAAUAUUUUUAUUAAUUAAAAAUAUCAUGAAUUUAGUCAAUAGUCAUAAAUCAUAAUGCCCUUUUCAGAAAUUAUUGUUACUUCAGCAAAAUGCAUGAGGCAUGAGGUACCAGGGUAAUAGCGUUUGAGAGUUGUCUCUUUAUAGAAAAGGACAAUCUGAUCUGUCUCGCUUCCGCGAUGGAGGGUCGCACCCUCUUCCGAUUUCCCCAACCCUCCACGUUUCUGUCCAAUCCUCGCUGGGUCUAUUCAGAUUUCCAAAUCUUUGGAAAUAAAACUUUUAAAAGUCGUAAAGUAAAAAUAAAAAA